AGCCAAUGAGAUAGGCUGGGUAUUAGAAGAUAGCCGCCCAUAAGAGACGAACAACAAAUAUGGAGUUUUAAAAUAGUAGCAAGUUGGCGGCCAAAAAGCCCCUAAAACUCGGCGUUUUUGUAGUUACACGAGUGGUAGUUUUCUACCUGACUGAAGUGACGCGAUGCAAUCAUAUCAAACGUAGUUUAUGUUUUGUAGCAGGCGCCGUUGAACGGGUAAACAGUUCGGUAUCUUGGCUUCGACAAAAACAAGGCUUAGUAGCUAGCUAGCUAAAGCAGUAGCAUUUGCUGGUUUUCACCCUCACCGUGCUUUGCUCAAUAAGAGACGAAGAGCACGACGCAGGCAGAAAUGGAGAAGAGAGAUUUCUUGAAGGGACUGCCCGUCUACAACAAAAACAACUUCAGCAGGUUCCAUGCAGACUCUGUGUGCAAAGCCUCAAACCGUCGACCAUCUGUGUAUCUUCCAACUCGGGAUUAUCCCUCAGAGCAGAUCAUAGUCACAGAGAAGACAAACAUCUUAUUACGAUAUCUACAUCAACAGUGGGAUAAAAAGAAUGCGGCAAAAAAGCGAGAACAGGAACCAACAGAAGGGGAGAACACGGCACCUCCACGAAAAAUUGCAAGAACAGACAACAGAGAGCCGAAUGAAGCUUCAUAAACUGCUGCGCCAUCGAUUCUCUGAGUAGAGACUGACCCACUCAGACAAAAUGCACGAGCCGCUGCAAAAUACAUGUUUGCAAACAAGUUUGCCACAGCUGCACAAGCAGUUUGAUUUCAGACCACAGCUGUCAAGUUGUUCUUAAUGUUUGGACUUGACUUUAGAGCUCCUCCUUAACCAAAUACCUUUUUCCUCAGUUUAUUCACUGCUUUCAUGCAUUGUUUUCUUCACUUUGAGGAGGCCGUACUUCUACUUCAGAGGUUUGUUUUUUCUUUUCAUAGUAGUCUUAAAAUGAUCAAACAUCUACCUCCUUAUUGCUCAGUCCCUGUGGUUUUAUUCCACUUACACCCAUGUAGUUUUUAUUUAAAGAUGCCAGGGAUUUAAAAAAAAACAAAAAAAACUUUUGGGCUGACCCUUUAAAGGUUUACAGUUGCAGUAAUUCACACAUAUCUGAAAUGUGCAUGUGCUGUGAGAUGACCUUGUGGAUAUUUUUCAAUCAGGAACUUACAUUUUUGAAUUAUGAACAAUUUCUGUUGUUACUUAUGUCAUUUUAGGUAAUCUUUUUAAAGAUUACUGCUAUUACAAUAAGUGGAAAUAAUUAUUUUAAUAGUGGUUCAGGUUUAGCGUUAGAUUCAGGGUUUGUUUUUAUGAGCUGUGUUGCAGAAACAAGACGAGUGAUUGAAGAAAUGUUUUUCUCCCGAUGAAUAAUAACUAUAAUGAUUUAUUGCCUUAUGUGGAAAUGAGUGUGUUUCCACUUGCGUCUUAGGGUGCCCCUUGGUUUACAUUGUGUUUCAGGAAGAUUAAGCACUGCAGAAUUGGAUGGACUUUGGUGUAAGAAAACAUCCAAGCCAAUAUUUAUACUAGAGGAUGCAAUUUUUACUUGUACAUAUUUUGUAGCUAAAAUCUCAGCUUCUUAAUACUUCAGCAGUUGGAUCUUUGUAAUGGCACCAUCAGCACAGUAUUUGACUGAAUAUGUGUAAAUUUACACUUUAGCCAUACUGUUGUUUUGAGGGACUACUGAGCAUCCUAGAUGUAAAUGUGCUGUUCUCAUGUGCUUAAACACGUCAGUCAUUUGAGCCAUGUUGAGGAAAUAUAUUUGGAUCAACAAGGUUCAGUACAUACAUUGCGAAGAGUGAAGCUGCUCCCAUGGCUCUGCGAAUCUUGUAUAUUUGUACAGUAUGUGUAUUGUGAUUGCCCUCACCUUUUUAUCAGGUAACAAGACUCACUCCAAUUUUGUCUUUCCCAAGCUAGCUGUAGUUAUCCUCAAAUUGUUAAGACAACUUUUAUGCUGUAGGGAGUUUCUGUAAAUGAAACAAAAGCAUUUAACUAAUUUGCUGCGUUUUUGCACCUUAGGUAAGAAAUACCUUUUGAAAAGUUUAACCUGCUACAGUGUACACGAGCCAGCCACAAAUUAAAACUGACCUUAUGUCAUGUCGAUCCCCCCUCGUGCAACAGCUUUGAGUGUGUGGAAUUUAAGGGAUGGGUCAGUGCUUUGGGCUCUUUGUGUUGGUUGAGCUGUUCCUGGGCAGUUUGAUGUUUGGCCAGAAGCAAGUGCUGUCUGUUUAAACGCCCACUUUAUUUAAGAGAAAGUGGGUGAUAGACUUGUGUAUUUCAUCUUUCAGAGGUUUUAUCAGUGUGUCUGACUCAUGAAUGUUCACUUUCGUCGCUUGUGCAGGUCAGUGGAAUGAGAGUACACAUAGAUUUCACAAGUACUACUUUAAACCUGAAAGAGGCAGUGUAUUUUCUUUAGCUUCAUAUAAGAGUCACCCAUUUCUCCUGAUGUCUUAUGGUUUGUAUUCCAUCACUUGAUUAAGUUUGUUGUUUUGCUUUGAGUUGAUUGUAUAACUGUAUUGUCAGUUUUGGAUGUUCUUGUAUAGAUUGCUCUGUGACAUGCAGUAAAGAUGACUCUGUAAUCAGCA